AGGAAGAUGUUUGUAGGCGGACUAAACUGGGAGACUUCAGAUGAGGCACUCCGAGAAUACUUCACGCAAUUCGGCAAGGUCGACGCGUGCACCAUCAUGCGCGACUCGGCCGGACGAUCAAGGUGCUUUGCGUUCCUCACGUUCGAAGAGGCGGCCUCCGUGAAUGCGGUCAUGAGCCGGGAACAUUUUCUGGAUGGAAAGAUCAUCGACCCGAAGCGCGCUAUCCCGCGGCAGGAACACCAACGGGCCACAAAACUCUUCAUAGGCGGCCUCGCGGGCUCCGUGACCUCCGAGUCCAUGAGAGAAUUCUUCUCUCAAUUCGGACGGGUCGUCGAUUCGACGGUGAUGCUGGAUAGGGAGACCGGACGGAGCAAAGGGUUUGGUUUCAUUUCUUUUGAGGACACGGAUGUGACGCCUUUCCUUGGUUUUGGUAUUCUGGAGAUCGACGGGAAGUUGGUGCGUAUUUUAUCGCCUGGGUUAUUCCUCCCUCCCACCCGCCACCAGGCCACACCGGAAAAAGCUAACCUUGAUUUGUUUUGUACACUAUAG